AUGCCUGUAUUUUUCGGUGUCCAACCCGGGCUGAAGGACUUGUACCUCUCUACUAACCUGGGGACCUCAACAAGAAAGCUGAAGUCAAAGCCUGACAAAAUCAACACCAGGAGCUAUGUCCAGAGUGCCUGUAAGAUCUUCAAGGCUGCGGAGGAGUGUCGUCUGGAUGGAGACGAGGAGAAGGCCUAUGUUCUCUACAUGAAAUACCUAACGGUUUAUGAUCUCAUCAAGAAGAGGCCCGACUUCAAGCAGCAACAGGAGUUCUUCCUGUCCGUGUUGGGGCCCACCAGCUUUAAAAAAGCAAUAGAAGAAGCCGAGAAACUCUCUGAAAGCCUUAAACUCAGGUACGAGGAAGUCGAGGUUCGCAAAAAGCUUGAGGAGAAAGAGAGACAAGAGGAGAAGAAAAGGAGGGAGGAUAAGACGGAGAAAGAUGGAGGGAGGGCAUCUCCGAAAGCAGGGAAAGAGAUCAAGAAGGUAAAAGAGCAGAAGGAGUUGAAAAAUGUAACUUCAAAAGCUGCUGUGUCAGCGGGAGGGAUCACAGCAGAGGGGUUGUUCAAGAUGAUGAGGGACCAGUCCAUUACGGUCAUUGUGAUGGACGCUCGCUGCCUCCGAGACUUCCAGGACUCACAGAUCCAGGUCCCCACCCAGACUGUCAUCAGUGUCCCAGAGGAGGCUAUCAACCCUGGCAUCACAGUGAACCAGAUUGAGGCCAAUCUACCUGAUGCGUCCAGAGAGACGUGGAAGAGACGGGGGUUCGUAGAUUACAUCAUCCUACUGGACUGGUUCAGCUCUGUUACUGACCUCAAACUGGGAAGCACCUUACAAAGCCUCAAAGAUGCUCUCUACAAGUGGGACAGUACCACUAUCCUGCGUAGUGAGCCCAUGGUUCUGGAGGGAGGCUAUGAGAGCUGGCUCCUCUUCUACCCCAUGUACACAUCCAACGCCAAAGUCAGACCGCCCCGAACACACAGCUACAGCACCCUCCCACAGCGUGAGUACCCCUUAACCCUCACCCUAACCCCCGAACACACAGCUACAGCACCCUCCCACAGC